GGAUGGAUGGAUGGGGCAUUGACUGAGGUCUCUAACAGUUGAAUCCGAAUAUGUGUGCAUCUUGUACAUUAUGUGUGGAGUCCGAAUUAUUAUUUAUUUAUUUAUUUAUUUCCACCCAUGUCCACAAAGCUCCGCCCUCAAAAUUUAUAGUGGUUCAACUAGAGUUAGCAUUAGAGGACUGUCAUGACAACUUUGAAGCGAACUCAGACAUUCAGCUGCUUGAAUGUCCAGUCACAGCUCUAUAAACAUGCAACUUCUCCUCAUAAUGAUUUAUGAGGAUGUGAAGGGGUGUUGGGGGCGUGUCUAUAAAAUGACUGACAAGAGGCCAAUCCAAAUACAAACAAACCUUCCGGACCGGAAAUUCCAAACUUGUUUAUUUUCGAGCCACUAGUUCUGAGACAAUAGCGUAAACUGUAUUGUUUUUAAAAAAAAAGUCUACAUAAUUUUCCACAAUAUUUGUACUAGUGUGAAAUUAAAAAUAAUUCACUACUGCACCUUUAAGUCUUUUUUUUCCCGCUACGCUCAAAACUGUUCGUAUUCUUCGCUUGAGGCGGUUGCUAAGAGCUAAACGGAAGGGCCGACCUCUUUCUUUCUUUUUUUUUUUCUUUUUUUUUUUAUUCUUGCGCGAGCAUUUUUUUUCUCCCCCACACUGACCAAUCGCGGAGAAGAACUGCUUCACGAGCGUCGAACACUGACCAAUCGCAGAGUGUGAAUUUAAGCAAGAGGCGGUGCAAGAGUGGGGGUGUGUUUCUUUCCUUCUUCUGUUUUUUUUUUGUAAUCCGAAAACGGGUGGUGAAAAAAAAAUAAUUCAGAAGAGCACCGCGGACGGUUCGUGCUUUCCCACAAUGCAUUGUGUCUCAGCGGGAAACCAAAAUGGCGAGGCUGAAGAGAGAAAAAUACUCGUUUGGUGUAUUUUGAAAAUCUGCAAGGAGCAGCGAGUUGUUCAGAGAAACCCGGCGGGAGCGAAUAAGCCGAUAAACCCUGUCGGUUUAAUGGUUUUUCCUGUAUAUGCAUCAUUUUAAGCGCUGGAAGUGGCCGAAUGAGAGACUCAACGGUCGUAAACAGUCCGAGCUCCCAUCGCAAGUCUCCGUCCCAUCGUCAAGACGAGUCUCCCGUGUCCUUGUCCAAACUCUCGCUCAGAGAUGGGCAGGGCGACACGGAGAAACUCGCAAACAAGUUCGAGGAGGGCCAGGAUGUUUUAGCUCGCUGGUCCGAUGGCCUGUUUUAUCUGGGGACGAUCACCAAGAUAAACAAACAAAAGCAUUGCUGUUUCGUGGUUUUUGAAGAUCAGUCUAAAUCUUGGGUUCUUUGGAAGGACAUUCAGACAGGGGACAGUGGAGGGGAGAUGCUCUGCACCAUAUGCCAGAAUGAAAGCUCAGAACCGCCCAACGAAAUAGUCAUCUGUGACAAGUGCGGACAAGGAUACCACCAGCUCUGCCAUGCGCCCGUCAUCGAUGCCAGCGUGAUCGCGUCGGACGAUAAAUGGCUCUGCCGAGAGUGUGUGUUUGCCACAACAACAAAGAGAGGCGGCGCGCUGAAGAAAGGGCCGAACGCCAAAGCGCUGCAGGAGAUGAAGCAGUCGCUGCCCUAUUCCCUGGAGGAGCUGGUGUGGGACCAGGGGCAUAAAACCAACCUCCAGCAGUGCUACUGUUACUGCGGUGGUCCUGGAGAGUGGUAUCUGAAAAUGCUGCAGUGUAACAGGUGUAAGCAGUGGUUUCACGAAGCGUGCAUCCAGUGUUUACAGAGGCCCAUGCUCAACGGAGACAGGUUUUAUCAGUUUAUUUGUUCAGUUUGCAGUAGUGGACCAGAAUACCUCAAGCGACUGCCUCUGAGAUGGGUAGAUGUUGCACACCUCAGCCUCUACAAUCUGAGUGUCAUUCACAAAAAGAAGUAUUUUGACUCCGAGCUCGAGCUCAUGGCUUUUAUUAACGAGAACUGGGACAGGCUUCAGCUCGGCGAGCUCACAGACACCCCCAGGUCGGAGCGGUAUGAAAGAAUCCUGGAAGCACUUAAUAGCAACCCGACCAUGUUCAUGUCCGGGAAGGAGAUCAAGAAGAAGAAACACCUGUUCGGUUUACGGAUCCGCUUCCCUCCGGGCCCUCAGAACUCGGAACCGCCGUGGGACAGGGAACAGGAAAAAGCCUCGCAUGAGAUUAAGAUUAAGGGAAGGAAGUCCAUGAAGCCUCCUCAUCCACACAGCACGGUCACUAACGGAGCGGUGAAGAAAGGGAAGAGGAAGCAUCGCGCUCACUCCUUGGAGACGCUGGCCAAGCUGAGACGAUCAGAAGAGCUUCUGGCACAGAAUCACAUGAAGUUCCCGACCGCAGAGAACAACUCCCUGGACGUGACGGCGUGUAAAAGCAUCAAAGCCGAAAAGUCCGUGCCGUCAUCGAGUACCUCGGACGCCGACUCCGUUAGUGCCACCACUAUGAGCGAAACUACCUCAACCAGCGUAUCCAGUCUGAGCAGCUCCAGCAGGGCUCUGGUGCCUCAGCCCCCGGUGAAAAGGGGACGAGGACGUCCGAGACGAGCGCUGCAGCCCCCCAACCCUGAGAUUCCUCCUCCUCCUCCUCCUCCUCCUCCGCAGCCCGAGCCCACGCCUGCUCCCGCUCCCACGCUCACACCCACACCGCUCUCCCGCUUCCCCCCCACCUCCAUCACACAGGGCCUGGACUCAAGCGCUCAGCUCAGCCUCCUCAGGAGCUCCAUCAGCAGCUACUUCGGCGCGGCCGGGCGCAUGGCGUGCGGGGAAAAGUACCGUGUCCUGGCGCGCCGCGUCACCGACGACGGCAAAGUGCAGUACCUGGUGGAGUGGGAGGGCGUCACUGCCUCCUGAGCCUCCACACUCUCACACACACUUCAGAACUGUGCUAUUUGGUACGGUGAGAUAAGUGUUUGUGUUUGUUUUUGUUGUGGAAAGUAAUGUGCCAUUCAGUUUCACACUCUUCAGCUCCUUUACUAACGCUAGAGUCCUUCUGGUUGAAGGUUAAAGAGAGCGAGAACGAUUAAACCGUGCCUCUUCUUUUUAAUUUUUUACAUUAAAACAAAACUGCCUUGUAGGUUGUAGAUGUCACACGGGGCCCCACAUCAGACACACGACCAGAGUCGGUGUUUCAGUAUUUCGACACGCCCUCGUCUAACUUCCUGUAACGCCUCAAAGGCACCUCUAACCGUACGUUCACACUAGGAGGAGAGAAAGUCGAUGGCGUCGCUUGUAGGUUGUAUCUUGUGGGCGUGGCCUGUCCGACUUGGUGAAAAGAAAGCCUAACUCGUUGCACGCAAAUGAAAUAACGCACUAAUCGGUGUAAAAUCUGCCGUUUUAAUUUGCAUACGAUAACGUCCGCUUCGUACUAGCUUCCUUUUCAGAUUACGUCGGCAAUGCACGCUCGGCGGUCUCUGCGAUCUUCUGUCCUUCCCUCCAUCCGAGCGUUUGUUUUUCUUCGUAACGUCUCUGUACACGUUUAAAUUAACGAGAGGCCGUGUGCGAAAAAACGCAGUUCUUCCAAACAGUCGACAAGGUAAACAUGGAACGUAUUUUAACGUAGGAGCUAAAGGUCACGAGGCGGGGGAAACGAAGAAACGUCGGACCACGCUCACGUUUCUUAAGAUGGCCGACGUCAGCGGAGGUCGACGAGGGCGUGUCCGAAACGCGUUUAAUGUAAACGUUUCGCCACGAGGUUAAAAACGCGUCUCGGUUAUACGCCGUGCUACUGACGUGCAGGGACCCGAAAAAAAAUCAAAUAAAUCCAAUGCUGUAUGCUGCUGCAGGUUUAACGUAUUAUUUUGUUUUAUAUAUAUAAUUUUUCUUCAGUCUUUGGUUAUUUUUCAGAACAGCUUUCAUUUCAAUAAGGCACUUUUUUAAAAAAAAAAAAAAAAAAACUUUUUUUUUUUCUUCGUUUUUUUUUACAUUAAAAUAUACCUUAAAAUUUCACGCAACUCGGAUUGCACAUUAGUUCGUCGUAUUGUUUAUCCAGGUUACAUUUAGACAGAAAAUCUCCGAGGCGAAUUGUUUGAAAGUAUUAACAGCAUUAAUUUGGGGGCGGGGUUUUAGAUCGAGGGGCGGGGUUUUAGAUCGAGGGGCGGGGUUUUAGAUCGAGGGCUUGGUUACUGAGAGCCGUUUUUUUUUGUUUGUUUGUUUGUUUUUGUUUUUCUCUCUGGUUUAUUUCCGAGAUUUAUUUUUAAUUUUUUUCCCCGACGUUUGAUGAUUUUUCACACGUAGACUGAAACACGUCAGACGAAGCUCCCUUCGCGUUGCAUACGGAGUCGUGAACAUUCCUGGACUUGCUGUUGAGAGUCAUUUUGUUCGACGUAAAGUAUGCACACUAUUUAGAAGCUCAAGGAUCUUUAAAUUUUUUUUUUUUGUACUGACUUUGGUUUCCUGUGCCGUUUCAUUUUCAUCCUAUGCAACUCGAUUUUCAAAAGAUUUGUGAUUUUUGUUUUUGUUUCAUUCAUCUCCUUCAGGAAAAUAAAACAGCAAUAUUUUUUUUCCCUUACAAUUCUCUCAGGCUUUUUUUUUUUUUUUUUUAAUUUUUUUUUUAAGGUCUCUGUGCUAUUUAUUGCUUCGGGGGGGCUGUACAUUUAACGAGAUGGAUUUCAGUUCAUGUCCUGAUUCGUAAACUUUCCCAUCACUGUGUACGUGGGAUGUAUUAAAGUAAAACACCACCCUGAACGACCUGCGUGUUUAACCUUCGUAUAAAAUUAACGCGUGACCUCGAGGCGGCGUCCGAGAUCCGUUUUGUAAUGGACCCGUCGGUUCAUUUUUACUUUCCUACAUUACCCACAAUGCCGUGCUGAUAUCGGCGCAGUUGGAAGCUACAUCUCUAGUUAAGUGAGAGCGAUGCAGCAGCGUUUUAGUACUUUACUCUGUCUAGCUCUGGCAGGAAUAACGCAAAUACAACACCAAUCAACGAAUUGGCAGCAGAAUCACUAAACCCGUCACGAAUAUUACGAUAUAAACACAUUGUGUGUGUACAGGGUGGAGUUUUUCUUUAAUAAACCUGGCGUAAUCCAUAGGAAACCUGUAGCGCAGGAGUAGGAGUGCUAUAUUAUCAGCACACGCCUGUUUUGUUUCUCGUGUAGCAUUAAUUGCUGGAUUUCUGAGACGUUUUGUUCAGUUUCAGACUGUAUUUUUGUUUCUAUAGUGAUUGCCCUAAAUAAAAAGUGUGCUUGACCCACUCAUCUCUGAGCGCUGACCGUAUUGGCACAGGUUUUUGGUUUAAGGCAAGCUUUUUUUGUUUGUUUGUUUUUUAUCUCAACACUGAUACCUCUUUUAUUUCAGUAUAACAUGUGUAUGAAAUGUUUCUUACUUGCUGUACCAGUACUACAUCCAUACAGCUUUGCUUUGUUUUUUAUUUUUAUUUUAAUUUUUUUACUGGCUUUGAGCAGGCUUCUGUAGCCAAAGAAUAAAUUCAUCAAAUUAAAAUGUGUGUUUUAGUCCGUUUCUGAGUUAUAAUCAAAUAUCCAGUGAAACACCAAAUGUCCUUACAACACUUAUUUUAGUUCCAAUGACGUAGUAUGAUUUUUGUUCGUAGUGAUAUUUUGUAUGUGAAUUUUACUAAUUCGUUGAAUUGUAACGAAUUCAGUUGUAAUUAUUUCAAUUUUUAAAAAAAUUUUUUUUAACUAAAACUAGGUCAGUUAUUUUCAAUUAAGUAAUUAGAAAUACAUUAAAGUUUACGUAGAGCUUUAGAGAGAAUAUACAGUGGCAUUUGACUAGUAAAUAAAAUAUAAAUUCUACAGAAAGUGUAACAGUUGGACUAGGUUAAAGAAUAAACUUUUAUUAAUAAUUAUGUUGUUAGAUUGAUAGUUAAUAUAUUUUAGAUGUAGCCUAAUAUAUUACGUGUUUGAUCAGAACGUUUUUUUUUUUACUCUAAUAUAUGAAUUAUUAAUUAAACAGGUCACAAAGAUAGAAUUUAUUUGUUUAUGAUUGUUUUUUUUUUUUUUUUUACUCAUUAAUUGUAUUUAUUUAAUUUAAGUAACGAGUAUACAGAUUUCCGGUUCCCCCCCCCCCCCCCCC